AUGCCAGUGCUCAUAUCGUGCACAACCUGUUACUGCAAGCAGACCAAGGAAGCGGGCGCACGCCUCUACUUCAUGCGUCGCAUUCCUUUGUGCUGCGAUACUUGUCCUGUGCCCAGAAUCGAAGGCGUGCCUGCCUGGAUGAGGGCCAUAUCUGAAGGGAAGAUCCGAUCGAUGAAUACGCUGCCACUAUCAGUCAAAAACUUGUCGGACUUUGAGGAAGGUACGGAUGAAGGAACCAAUGAAGACAAAUACGAUAUCAACAUCUAUGGCGAAUCAUCCCGGGAAUUUUACCAACUUCUUGAUAUCGCCAUGCACACGAAGGGGCUCACGGAGGGCCAAAAGAUGCUCAAGGCGACCAAGGUGGAGGCGAUAAGGCGGGCGUGGAGGCGGAUGAAGAGGAAGUUUGAAGAGGAACAAAGGGAAGAAAGGGAACGGGUGCUAUAUUUCACUGAGCUCCGGGAGAGACUUCCGCAGCCUCAUAACCUGAUGUUCAGUCCGGCGGUGGAAAGCGACGAGAUAAUCUUGACAAAUUACGCCGAGGCGCCGGCGUCUACUAGAGUUAACAGCGAGAUCGGCACGCCCAUCUCUGGUCUGGAUCAGGAGGGAUAG